UUUCAUGUAGCUUCUGUUAUCAUAUUGAUAAACUCGUGCAGCUUCAGAUAAUAUUUGACGUAGGUCGUGUUUCCUGAACUUUGAUCCGCCUCAAGUACGCACCCCACAGGUCCCCAUCAUCCAUGGGGUACAACUGUAAGUAUGUUGAUGUGCAGUAUCACAUACAAUGUAAUACUUCCUCAUUUUAUAGCCUGUAUGCCCAUCGUAUAUGGACAGUCAGCAAGGGCCGAUCAAGAGUUCUCCCGAUUAUAGCGGGCAUAUUCGCGGUCCUAAGUUCAAGUUUAUCCAUCCCCCUGCUUUGGGCGCUAUUUCAGUGUCACCUGUUCUCUGACUUGAUUAGAGUCGAAUGGGCGACAUACAUGGCCUUGACCGUGAUUAGUUGUGGUGAUGUUCUUAAUGCAUCAUUAUUAUGCUAUCUCCUCGCUACCUCACGUACAGGGUUCUCUAUCACCGAUUCUUCUAUACAAAAACUCAUGGGUUUAGUCAUCGAAACUGGCUGUCUUACGAGUGUAUGUUCGGUGACAGCCAUCAUUACAUGCGCAGUGAUGCCGAAGAACUACAUCUUUCUCGGUUUUGAAUGUUUAUUGGCUAAAUUAUAUGUCAACUCGUUUAUCGCACUCCUGAACUCGCGAUACUACCUGCAGGCCAACAGAGAUAGCACCAUUUCUUCCAAAUCCAAUGUCAGACACAGCGUCUACCUCUCGGAGCGGUACUUUCCCUCGUCACAAGACGAGAGACUCAAAGGAGAACAUUUUAAUCAUGCAGAUGAUGAAGUAACAGUGCAUCCCGCUCGACCUAUCCAAGCUGGUAGUUGUGUUAGUGUCGAUGAAACAGAAGCCACAGCGUCUACUUGCGGUGAUAGUAAAAAGACAUCAUAUCUUGAAUUUGUAUGAUGGGAUGAAUGGAUCGUGACCCGCUUAUUCUUACCUAUACUAUGUAUUGCUGUUCCGAGAACACGUUGAGCCAAAUCAGUGAGCAGCUACUAUGUCUCGGGUUGUAGAUAUGUGACUUGAAUCAGCCCAUCAAUACAACAAGGGACCAGUACUAUAGUAGUGCCAGCAAGACAAGAUAAUGGUCAGGGAACUACAAUGCAACUUGAGCUUGAGGGACCAAGUUGGACUCGCUAUCUAGUGGUCUCAUCAAUGUAGACGCAGCGCUUGGAGUGCCAUCAAAAAUUUACCUAAUGACUCAGUACUCAGGCCGGGGACAUCAUCCGAUGACCGGAUGAUAA